AGUAGCCGUUGUCCGGGGCGACGCGGCCGGGGCCGUGCGGGAUGUGGCGGCUGCUGCUGGCGCUGCUCUGGUUCGGUCGGACCCUCCCUGCAGAGGAGGCCGGGGCCGCGCCGGAGCCGGGUGCCGGCGGGCAGCCACCCUCCCCUGGGGGCGGCUCCGCGCAGGGCGGCGAGCCGGUGCGGUACCGGACGGCGGAGAUGGCCGACGCCAUGCUGGGCAGCGGGCCCGCCGCCGAGCAGGCCGUGCUGCUCUCGGUGGUGCCGGGGGAGGAGAGGGACAGCCGGGCGUCCGCGCUCACCACGGAGGCUUGCGACGCGGAGGCCGGGGGCGAUGGUUGCGGCGCCGGGAGCGGCCCCGCGGCUUCCCUCGGGCAGGGCCGGCAACAGCCCGGGCUGGGGACGGUGCUGCCCGCGCCCGUCGAGGAGCCGAACGGCACCGACAGCGCCAAAGCUCCUAAAGUGAACUGCGAGGAGAGAAACACCACCGGCAUAGACCGCUUCACGCUGCACAUCCUGAACGUGUCCCAGGACCUGAUGGAGUUCCUGAACCCCAACAGCAGUGACUGCACCUUAGUCCUGUUCUACACGCCCUGGUGCCGCUUCUCUGCCAGUCUGGCACCUCAUUUCAAUUCUUUACCUCGAGCAUUCCCAGCUCUUCGCUUCCUGGCCCUGGAUGCAUCCCAGCACAGCAGUUUAUCGACUAGAUUUGGAACUGUGGCUGUACCAAAUAUCCUCCUUUUCCAAGGUGCUAAACCUAUGGCUAGAUUUAACCAUACAGACAGAACACUGGAAACACUGAAAGACUUCAUUUUUAAUCAAACAGGGAUAGAGGCUAAAAGCGACGUGGCUGUGACAGAGGCAGACUGGGAAGGGCCCCUGCCCAGUGUCCUGACCAAAGGUGUCGACUGGCUGCUCCUCUUCUCCUUGCUCUUCCUGGCUAGUUUUGUCCUGUACGGCACCGUUCGCACGGAGAGCAUCCGGUGGCUGAUCCCGGGACAGGAGCACGAGCACCAGGAAUAAUCUGAAGUGCUGGAAUAGGGACAGAAUUUCCUGCUUGUUGGUGAAGUGGGUGUUUGCGUGGACUAGAGCAGAAGAACGAACUGUUCAAUUUUUCGGCUGUAAUUCAUAACCUUGGCUAAAAAUCUGCUUUAUUUACCACCUACUGAAUGGGUAAAAAGCAAAUGUGUGGCAAUUCAUGGGGUAAGUAAACAAAUGUGAAAAAGCAUGAACUAAAAAAAGUAUUUAUGAAGCUGCUCAGACUGGCUUAUUUUCUUGGGCUUGAAUGUAAAUAUGUGAUUCAGUUCUACCUGGCUCUCCUGAAGAGGUCUCUGAGCUUCACAGAUGAAGAUUUGUAUAGCACACUGGCCUGUGUGCGUGGCACUGCAUGGCCCAGGAGCAGAGCUGCUGCCUCCCUGGUGGGAUCUGGGGAUCUUCUACAGAUCCUGCAGAUGUUUGAUCCAGAGCUUUGACGUGGAUGAUGUGGGAAACAGAACUGGGAUGUGUCAGCCCACACAGACUGUGAGAGAACUUCAAAGGGACAGGCUGCUGAAUGGUGAUGGUCUUCACUUGUUUGUCAGUAAAAUGAACUAUGAAGAGAGAAAUGCUUUUUAAAAUAGUGGACUUCAAAUUAAUUAUCCCCCUGCUGAAAAGAUGUUAAUACUGGCAGUGGGCAGACCAGCACUGCCAACAAUUCAAAAGCAUGUUACACAGGGUGCCUGUUUCCCACUCCUGGUGCUGGGGGUUUGGCUGCUGCUUUUGGUGCUCUCUGAGCACUUUGAGUUUUGACUUGGUGACAGUUUUUUGUAAGAUUUAGAAUAACUUAGCAAGUUUGUCUCAUUUUUGUGUGUGUCCACUAAUUGACCACAUUCCUUCAGAAUUAAAUUGCAUUUGUUGUCUUUACUCUUUUUUAAAUAAAUCAGGUUUUUAGUGUAACUCUUAAGUCAGUUUCUUACAGGACUAAAAACUUACAGCUUCUGAAGUACAGAUUUCACAGAAUUUCACAGAUCACCUCAAUUAGCAAGACCCAUCCUGAGAUGUAUUUAAAUUUCUACUAGCAUGUUUGCUGCUGCACAGUCUGCAGCUGAGGCUGCAGGAAGAAUUGAUGUGUCUUUUAGUUAUACCUAGCAUGGAAGACUUUGCAUAAGGUAUGGACUGGUACAUUGUGUGGUUUGGGAUGAUUUGAUGGCAUAGAAUUUAUAUGUGGUAGAGGUGCCUGACAGGAAGCUGCAGAGUGCACAUGAAGCUAAGAAAGGCAGUCAUAAGGUUUAUUGUCUGACAAAGAGCUCAUGUCUCUGGAACAUAACCCUUCAUGUAUUUUUCUGGUGGCAAAAUCUUUCCAGUUUGGAAUGCCGAGGUCCUGUAUUUCUGUGUCUUACAAGGAAACUGCACUGCUCAGACUUCAGUGUGACUGAAGAUGAAACCAGGAGGUGCUUUUUAUUAAUAAAGACUGACGAUUUUUGAGCAGGAAA